UCAUCUCUAGUGUCCUCCCUCGCCAAGAACCCGCCGCCGCCUCCCGGCCUCCGCUUCCAAGAGUCUCGAGGUCUCCGGCGUCGACCGAAGCAGCAGCAGCAUGAAGCGCCUCCUCAGCCGGCUCUCCCGCGUGGCCGCGGCAGACGCCUGCGCCGCCGCCGCGUACCAGCCGCUCCGGCCCGACGCGGCCGCGAAGGACUCCUCCAUGGCAGUUACGUCCUCGUCCUCUUUCUUCGGCGCGCGAAGGCUUGGGCGGGGCGCGAGGGUGCCGGAGGGGCACGUGCCGGUGUGCGUCGGCGAGGAGGGCGGCCCCGUGGAGCGCUUCGCCGUGCGGGCCGAGCUCCUGGGCCAGCCGGCGUUCAAGGCCCUGCUCCGACGCGCCGCACAGGAGUACGGCUACGGCCACCCGGGCGCGCUCCGCAUCCCCUGCGCCGUGGCCAACUUCCGCCGCCUCCUCCUUGGCCUCUCCGACCCCGGCUGCCAGGCCACCGAUGACGACGACUCUGCGCUCUACUACUAGCCUUCCCCGUUUCACCCUCCUCGUUCGGCUGCCAUAGAGGGCGUACGGCUGCUGUGUUCUGACCAAUCUGCCCCUGCGUGGAGUACAUUAGGUCACACGGGAUUGGUGGAGGGUAGAACAGGGAUUCCGCCGUAUUUUCUACUGCAGCUCAACAAUUUUAGGACCUGCUGCCUUGUGGGAAGUAGGGCUGUUGUAAUUUCUUUUUCUUCAUCUUCUUCUGAGUGUUCUUCUAGUUCUAGCUAGCUCUAGAUCUAGCUCUGGUAGCUGCAAUGGAGCUUCUUCUUCCUCUUU